GUGUCACUGUAACUGCUGUUGACGAGCAGUCAAAGCCAACAUUAUUUAGUGCACACUGUGACAUCCACACGAGUGCAUUUGAUUACAUUUGAAGGACCGUGCUAAUCUAGACAUUGUGUAGACUCUGACAGGCUCUAAAUUAAAAAUGAAAUGUUAUCAUCCAGUCAAACUUUAAAUGUUUCAUUCUUAAUGCUUCAGAAGAGAACAUCUAGAAGAGGCACUGACUCUGUCUCAAAGUUAUGGGCAUUUUUAAGCAAACUGAUCACGGGAAUCAGACGCCGAAUAUGCCGGUCAAGACGGAGGAGGAGCUUAAACCACCUAAUGACGAUAAACAGACUGUGAAGUGCUACAGGACCGCUACAUACUACUUCGCUUUGCUCUGCUUCUUGCUAGCUGUCGUUUCCUUUCUAGAGGCAUUUUACUCGGUUCAGAUCACUGUCUCGUUUAAGGGACAGAUGGCUGAGCAGGAGGGCCGUUUCAGAGACUUAACAGGAAAGUGUGACGCUCUGAACCGCUCAUACAAUAACCUCUUCCACAGGUAUCCAGAGCUUAACCAACACUGCACUACCAACAAAACCUCUAACUUGCGUGAGUGUAAGCCAUGCCCAGAGGGCUGGGAACCCUUCAUGCAGAAAUGCUACCUGUUUGUCUCAGAGCGAAAGGACUGGAUGUCCAGUCAGUAUCUCUGCCUGUCUGUUGGAGGCCACCUGGCUACUGUGAAAAAUGAGGAGGAGCAGAAGUUCUUGUGCAGAAAGGCUGAAGAUUUCAGUCAAGGUGACUCAUACUGGCUUGGUCUGGCGAACAUGAAUCCAGAUGGGGCCUGGCUGUGGGUGGAUGGCACACCUGUAGAUGAUGCAGAACAGUUCUGGGACUGGUCCCCUGUCAACGGCAAGAAUAAAGAUUUGUGUGCCCGAAUGACCCCAGGGGGCUCUUAUCGCACCACUUGGUUCACAUCUUCCUGCAAAAAUGGUCUGAAGAGAAUCUGUGAGAGGAGCCAGGGCAGUGUAGUAUUAUAGGGUAAAAAUGAUUUCCACCUAAUUCCUUGCCAGUUCUUGACUGUGCUGAAAGAUAGUUACACAUGACAAGUCAUAGUUUGUUCUUCACUAAACACUGAACUGAGCAAUAAAAUAAGGUGAUAUCCAAAUGUUA